AUGGACAAGAAGCUUUCAUUGAAAUUAAAUGGUGGGAGGCAUGUCAAAGGAAUAUUACAGGGGUGUGAUCCAUUUAUGAAUCUUGUGAUUGAUGAAUGUGUAGAGAUGGCACCAGAUGGGCAACAGAACAGUAUUGGAAUGAUGGUAAUCUGA